AUGGUGCGUUGGAGACCUCUCUUCCUUGGCUCUGUUUGCUUUUGGGAAGAGCUGAAUUUCUUGGGGGCUGUUAUUCUGCCAGAGCUCUCCAGAGAAGUGUUGGUAGCCUUAUAUGAAGAGCCAGAGAAACCAAAUAGUGCACUGGACUUUCUGAAGCAUCAUCUGGGAGCUUCAGCUCCUGAGAAUCCAGAAAUAGAGGCACUUCGUUUGGAAGUGGCAGAGAUGAAAGAAAAGUACGAAGCUGUGUUGGAAGAAAAUAAAAAGCUGAAAACCAAGCUGGCUCAGUAUGAACCACCUCAAGAUGAGAAGCAUGGUGAAUAAUAGUAGUUUCUCCUUUAAUGCCUUGACUUAAUAAAGGGCUUCCUGAGAA